AUGGUCAGAGCACUUAGGAGCAAAACUUACAAUGAGCAUCUGAAAGCACUUGAUCUUACUGAUUUAGGAAGAAAGAGAUUAAGACAAACUCCGAUCUCGCGGAUGUCGCGUGGCGGAGGCACUCCGGCUCCUCCAACGCCACCUGCGCAGCCACCGCCCAAACCAUCACCACAAGCCAAUAGUCGCAGCGUAAGCUCUUCAGAUACGUUGCGCAGUCACCACGGGUCAAGCGAUCGUGACCGUGCCCGGGACGCCGAAGUGCCCGCCAAGAAAGGUAAAGCGUCAUCGUCAAGCAGCACAAGCCAAGGUGGUAGCAGCGGCAGUAGCAGCAAACAGCAUCAGCAACUCGCAGCGGCUGCAGCGGCCCAGAUGGCAUUUGAACAGCACAGCGCGGCUGCUAUGCAGGCCUUGCAGCACCAAUUGCUCAGAGGCUUGAGCAGCGCCGGCGGCAGCAACAACAUGUCUCCAGCAGCAGCGGCAGCAGCCAUGAUGCAGUUUUCUCCGCUGCUCUACACCUACCAGCUCGCGAUGGCUCAGGCCAGCGCGCUAGGUAAGCGUUCGGGUAAAGGCGGUAACAGCAGCGCUGCAAUGGCGGAAAUGCAACGCGUAGCGGAAGCACAAAGACAAUAUUUGUUGGAUAUGAUCCCUGGACAACAUUCACGCAAUCCUUGGACCAAGAAUUGA